UGCCUUUUUACCAUGGAGGACGCUCAAGCACAACUUCUCGUAAACAUCCAUCAAGAGAUCGUCAGUGGUACAUUCAGUGAUCUCCAAAUUAUAUGUAAUGACGGAACAACAUCUGGAAGCCGCAUCGUCUUGGCAGCAAUGUCUCCAUUCUUCCACGCCAUGUUUACUUCAGAUAUGUCAGAAAGUAACACAGGCGUCUUGAACCUUCCAUCUGUCUCUUCGUCAACAUUCAAAGAUAUUCUUAAAAUGUAUUUGUGCAAAAUUGAUCUUGUAAAUGAAAACAAUUGCAUGCAGGUAAUAGAUGCUGCCGAGAUGAUGCAGCUUGAUCACAUCAAACACCUAUGCAAAAUCUACCUGAAGGACGGUCUGGUACUCACCAACGAAAACUGUCUAAGUUGGUGGAGAUUUACGAAACCCUACAAUCUACUCGACUUUUUCAACCGUGUCUUGUGCUUCCUGACCGAUAACUUGGCUGAUUUUGUUCAAACAGAAAAUGUUGUUCAUUUGUCGAAGGCAGAACUUUUGGAAAUCAUUUCAAAAAAUGAUUUUGAAUGUGAAGAAGCUAUCAUUUUGAAAGGUGUUAUGAAGUGGAUUGAACAUAAUAAACCGGAUGCAGACGACGUCAUAGUUCUAUUUGAAAAUGUACGGCUAGAAAACGUUGAUUCACAGUUUCUGAUUAAUGAAGUUUUGUUUUCAGAUAUUGUUUGUAGCAAUAAGCCUGUUCAGCAGAAGAUACAACAAGUGUUAAGUUUACACUAUCGAGUCCCAGAUUGCUCAAGGUUGAGAUCUCAAAGACCUGACGUCUUCGUUCUCCAUCAUAACAAAACGUCACUUCUGUCUUGUUUCACGUCAGACGACAAGUGGGAAGACGUUCCAAAGGCCCCAGUAGAUCCCGGAAUAUGGUAUUCUGCAGCAAGGCUGGGCGACAAUAUUUAUAUUACUGGUGGGAAUAUGCAGCCGAACUGUACAUUAAUGUUUGACUCUAUUAGAAAACUGUGGACAGUAGGUCCACGUCUUACAGCUGCCCACUUCAAACACUGUAUGGCCACGGCUAGGUCCAAAGUAUACGCAAUUGGUGGUGAGUACAGUAAUACAAUAGAACAGCUGAGCGAGCAUCCGAGUGCCGUGCACUGGCAGGUUGUUGGGGAUUUGGGACAAGCCAGAUGUCAUUGUUUCCAUGUAACUGUUGAUGACAACAUUUUCAUUUUGGGGGGAAGGAUUGGCGAAAAGAAGUCAGAUGUGAUCCAGUGUUUCAACACCAGAACUCGCUCUCUUAGCCAGCUGGAUACACACCUGCCAUAUCGAUCAAUGGCCUUGAGAGGACACACAUUCCUCCCAGAUGUUUAUCUGCUAGACAAUGAAGGUAACGUGAUGCACAUGCAGGUUACCAAUACGGAUGGUGAAAUCAAGAUCGAGAUUAAAUCCACUGCGAAAUGGCUUAACUUUGACAUUAGCUUUCGCUUUGGCGUCGUACACCGAGAUGGAGGCUUGCUGUGUUUUGCAAAAGAUGGAAUCAGAAAAUUUAACCUAACCGACAAUAGAGAAGACGACAGUGCAUUAUAUGAGCCACCCAGAAAUGGAGAAGUGUGGAACAUACUUGGAUGAGACUAUCCUUGUACUAUAUACAGAUCUACGCAACAUACUAGCGUGUUCUGUUGUUGUUGUUGGUUUUGUUUUUUAACAUAAGCAAACAAUUCAUUACGUUUCUUGUUCAGGUGUAUUGGGGGGCAUGCUAAAACAUAAAAAUGUUAUGGUUAUAUAUUUUAUGAAACAUUGUGGUAAAAUAUGAUUAAUAUCAAAGCACGAAUCAUAUCUACAUAGCAUUGAUGUUCUGAAGAUAACGUUUCAACAUGUCUGUGUUCGUGGUUGAUGUUAGUAUCAAUAUUGUUAGGUACUCCAUAGAAACACUAUAGAUGGUCCAGCUGGUUUCUCGGAGUCGGAAAACAGCUAUGUUUGAUCAACUGGUGAACUCGUAACUCCCAUGCACGUACCCCUUGAAACAGAUACUCCUGAAAGGGUGUGUGACGGAACAUGCUCUUAAUUUUGUUUCCGCCUGUGGCGAUAUUAAUUGUGUUAGAGGGCCGUGCGCAUUCCAAUAUGCACUUAGCGCAGGUGCUGAG